CACACACACAGUGAAUAGGAACUACAUCGCUCUCACAGAAUCGUCCAUAUUUCAUUUUUUGUUGAAGGAGGAUAUCACUUGAUUGACUUACGAGAGGUGCAACAAGUUCAGUCUUUGUUUAGAAGCCUGCAUCUGUGCGUCUCUACUGGGAGAACCAUGGGAAACGAGCACUCCAAGGACAAAGAACAGCCGAACAGGAACGGGAGGAUUCCUGAGAAGCAUAUAAAUGGAUCAGCAAACGGCCUCUCUGCAAACCUCUCCUCUAACGGCUUGGAGAUUUCUGCUAACGGUGAGACCGCAGUCCAGAAAAAUAGCGAGCCCUUCUCUUCAAAGCUUGCCACUGAACCAAAUGAUUUUGUGAUUGUGGAAUUAGACCGUAAACCUGCUGCCGCUCCAGUUAUUUCUGAAAUACUUGAAGUCGUCAUCCACAAGGAAGAGGUGAAGGAAAGUGAAGAAGAUCAAACGGAUGCCACAAACCCACUGACGGAGACAGCUAAGCGAAAGCAAGAGUCAGAAUCAUUGACGGAGCCAGAGAGUGUGACUCCUGCAUCUGACGAGGGAAACCAGGAGGACAAUAACCCAGAAGAGAAUCCAGUUAUGAACUUCUUCAAAUCACUAACGACUUCCAAAAUAACCAAAAAGGAAACAGCUGCUCCUGCUGCCGUAAAAGACCAGUCCCAGAAGGAGAACCAACCAGCAGCAACCACUACAGUCGCACAAGUGUCUGAGCCGCCUGCAGCACCCAAAGGAAUGUCUAUCCCACCACCACCUCCUCCAGAGCCACCCAAAAUGGAUUUCAAGGCAGAACCAGCUGCUAAACCUGUCAAACCCACACCAAAAGAAGAACCAAAAGCCGUUGCCAAGCAGCCCGAGUCCUCAAAAGGAAAAUCAGCCAAAGAUACUCUAAGCAAACUUUUCCGUUCAAAGAGAAACAAGGAGUCCCCAACAAAGGCAGACAUUGAAGUAGACGUACAACAAGUUGUAGACGUAGAGGAGACACCAGUGGAAGCUCCUGAGCCAGUUGUUGUAGAAGUCAAGGUAAAUCAAAAGAGAGUUGUUAAUUUGGGGCUUAAGGGUAGAUUAUGUGAUUAUAUUACAUCACCAUGUUCUACACUGCAAAGAAAUUCAAUGAAAUUGACAUGUUCUUGUUCAUCUGCAUUUGCUCAGAGUGAAAAUAAUGUUGACACCCAUGACUCAGCAGAGCAGGUGGCCCAGCCAGUUUUACAAGCACAGAUGGUGGCAGCUGUAUCACAGCCCAUGGUAGCGGCGGAGAAGGUGGAUUCUUCAAAAGCUGGCACUUUGGAGGCUGCAGCAAAACCAGAACCGCCACCCCCUGUGCAGGAAACAAAGAAAACUGCCUCAACAUCCUCCUUCUUUUCUCUCUUCAAGCCUAAAGCCGCUGAUCCCAAAAAGGCGAGUCCAGCCCCGGCUGCAGCCGCAGAGACAGUGAAAGCCAAGGAGGAACCCAAAGCAGCCGCCAAGUCAUCAGAGGCCGUUGUAGAUAAUAAGCCUGCUUCAGUGGCCUCCCAGGCCGGAGGUGCUGCAGCCAAUGAGCCCAAAAAACUGGAGAAGAGGAACUCCAUCCAUCAGUUCUUUAAGAUUCUGGGUCAGAAGCGUAACUCGACAGACGCUGGGAUCCAGACAGAGACGAUCGCUGUCCCUCCGGCACCUGAGAAGGUCAAAUGAACCCAAAAGCAAGAGUGAAGUUCCUCUGUACAGACUCCUUCUCUUUUUCUUGCUACUCAGUUGCUUACUCAGUCUUUAUGUGCCUCAUCUGUCUCAUUAUUCUUUAAACUCUUAUUGCAUUGCUUUAACUACAUUUUGAUUUGGUUAUCGUUCACAAAGCUACAAUUUGCAUGGAAAAGUGAGUGGAAAAGCAAAGGCAAGUAGUCGGAAAGACGCACAGCGGCUAGUUGCACAAGUGCUGAUUUGAAAUGGUCCAUGGUGAGGUUGUUGGGAUUUAUACAGCAUAUACAUAUUGUAUUUGGGUCAUGUAAAUUCCUUGACAAGUAUAGCAAAAUGAGUGUGAAAGCUUUCCUGCAGACAUUUAAUGUAACUUCUCUCUGUUCUUUCACAUGCAAUAGAAGGUAAACGGUAUCGCUUUUAGCAUUGUGUUUGUCAUAAACAUUUUUAAAAGGUUCUAUUUUUUACAGUUCACACAACAACAAAAAAUCACGCAGCUGUGGCAGUGCAGAGGUUCCCAUGAAAUUGCAUAGCACUUAAAUCCAUAUAUCAUAUAUUGACAUUAACAGCUCUAAAAAAGAGCAAAUAAGAGGAGCAUCUUAGCUUAACAAAAAGCACUUAACUUUGCUAUGUAGACUAAAGCACAUGCGCACGUAUUCUAACAGUCAAGUGUCUGUAUUGGUGUGAGGGGAACUGGCUAUAAGCUUAAAAAAUCCAUCUGGUGUAAAAAAGGUGUUGUGUAGAUGUGUCCUUGUGGUAUGUUUUUGCAGUUCUUAUUACUCACAGUGGUUCAGCUUUUCAUUUGAACGCAGCUCUUCUGUGCCAUGUAACUCAAUGGAAGUCUUGUGGUGUCAGUCACUUGUAUUUGGCAUUAGGAGCAAAUAAUAUCAUGCUUUUGGUGGCCUUGCUUUAUGCAUGCAUGUGUGUGUGUGUGUGUGUGUGUGUGUGUGUAGCUAUCUUGAAGACAAUAAAUAUGUUCAUCAUUCACGUAUGUGCACGGCAACCGGGAAACCGUGUGAAAAAUCACCGGGUGUUGCAACAUCCGCAAAAAUAUGCAGCUCAGCAAGUUUGGCAAAAAAGAAUCACACAUCAGAUCUAUAAUAAUUCUUUUAAUUCACACUCAACCAAACUCACGGGGCGCGACACAUGAGUCCUACCUUCAGUAUGUUGGGCGUCGGGGGAAAAUACUGCGAGCCUUACUCAUCCAUGAGUUUAUUUUGUUGGCUGAAAGACAGGUGACGGGCAGGGCACCGCAGAGCAGACCGCCAUCUGUAACCUUUGACGGUCCGACACUAUCAAAUACUACUUUUUAUUUAGAGUCCCCGAGACACCUUAGAGAUAAAAAAAGUAAAGAUGUAAAACCAGAUCUAAGGAAUUGUAUGUUUCAGGUAAAGGAAUGCCCUCACAUAUUCUAUUACCAUUUAUGAUGUAAUUCCAAUGAUGGAUAACACAGUGCGCAGUCUUUGGAAGGAUGUGUUUUAAAUAGUAAUGUCUGAGACCCACCAUUCAGCCCGCCAUUAAGUGAUGAGUCGCGGCCCCCUUAAAGGCAUAACUCACCGCUGCUCCUUUAUUCUUACUCUUUUUGCGUUUGCCCUCUAUAAUCGUUGUGAUCAUUUUAUAUUGUGCAUCAAAGUAAUUGCCGUGGCACUUAGGGAGAAAACGUGAGGUAUUGCCUGCACUGUGUCAGCCAUGUGGUCAAGUCCUCUCCCCCCUGGGGAUUGUUUUAAACUAAGAUGAAUACAUGACUCUUUGCCAACUGUAUUGCUCAAGUGUGAAAUUCACCACUAACAUUCUCUUAAAAUAAAACACUUCUCAGUACCCACGCUGCAAACUCGC